UUCCCUGCUAACAAGUACAAACGACACAAAGUAAAAAACAAGUUUUUCCCAAAUUUUGUACAACUAAUUUUUUUAUAGUCAUUCAAUUGACAAAUUAGUUUCGAUUGAUUUCAAGUUACCCUUUACCACUUCUGAUUACCCAGCAAAUUAACCAUGUCGUUCCUUGGAGAUCGACCAAAGAGACCCCUGUCGUCAUGGAUGUUGUGGAUGAAGGAAUCUGGGCGGGAGCAGAUCAAGUCGGAGAAUCCCGGGCUAAAGGUCACGCAAGUGGCUGCCAUGGGCGGUGAACUAUGGCGCGGAAUGGGGGAAUCCGAGAAGUCCCCGUGGAAGAAGUCGGCCAGCGAGGCGAUGGAAAUAUACAAGGAGGAGGUGGUGCUCUGGAAGUCCCAUGCCGAGAUGGACCCCAAAAACCAGAUGUUGGUAAAAAAGCAUCUGAAGAAAAGAGGCCUUCCGAAAGUAUCUCAAUUUGCGGAUACCUCGGCAAAGCCGACCCUCUUUGUCUACGACAGCUCAGACCAAUCCUUUUCUCCGAUCUGCAUGGAUUGCUUCUUAAAGUGCUUGUUGUCCCAUUGGACUUCAUUGUAGCUUCAAUAGUUUCAACACUUUCUAAAUUUCUGUUUUGAACUGGCUAGAAUCGCACACAAAUCUCUAAAUAAGAAAAAUACACGACACGAAUAACGACAAGAUUACACUAAAUAAGAUCGGCCAUUUGUGCUAU